GUUGUUGUUAAGAUUGUUGUAUUACUCCAACCUGUAUCGACGUUGUUCAGCAACCUGUUGAUAUAUAAUGUUUGCUAUCCUCAAGGAGCAAUGCCAACAUUCCCCCCACAGUAUAUUCGCUGCGAGGUCAAUAUGGCUUACAGAGCUACAGACGACUUGCAAGGCUACCUUAAGGACUGCUGUUCUACCCCGGCUGAAGCUCAUGCACAAACGAGAGUUGAUAUCUCACCAAGGGCACAAGAGCCGUAGAAUCACACUUACUGUUCGCCGACGGCGUCGCAACCUUGCUAACAUAGUUUUCCUGGAUUCCACGUUUGAUGAACUUGUUAAUAAUUGGAUCGAGGAGCAUGUGCCAAAUCGCUCGCUCUGUCUGUACGAUGAGGACCGGAAAACAGGCGAACGGUUUACAGUACGCUCUUCGCAUAGAUUCAAUGUUCCGGAACUGUUGCUUCCUGCAGCCUCGGAUAUCAAUCGAGUAUGUGAUUGGUUGGACAAUUUUCCCCUCCAAACAGUUCAACGAGUUUUUCAUAUCAUGUUUCCUGCAACGAAAGAUUGGGGGUUUGCGAUGCUUGAUGAUCACGGCUGCGAUGACGAAAAUUUCAAGACAUUUCACUGGACGGAUACCAACCAAGAUCACCCUGACAUACAUGAUAUGUCUGUAGUUGUCGCCUGCCAACCUCCUUGGAUAAUGUCCGACGAAUUUAUGCGGCAAUUCACUCAGCUCAGAUCGCUUCCCGAAGGUACUAAGCGCCCGUUACGUGGAAAGGAGCGCCUUUGGGGGAAGUUAUGGGACACCUGCGCUCAUAAUCAAACCCCCUUCUUCAUUCUGACUUCAUACCAGCAGUGGGCUUUUGGUAUGUUUUCACGCGGUUGGACGACAGCGUUCGUUUCCCCCGUUAUAGACGCACAAUCACGUUCUCCGACUGUUAUGCAUGCGUUGCUAUAUUGGCUCGGCUCGGCUCUCCGUGCCCCUGGUGGUUUUGUACAACCGGUGGAGGUCGCGGAACCUGUUCACAAUAUCCUCUCAGACAAUGAAUCCGAGCUACCGAUCGCUAAACCGGAAAAAGUGCUGGGAAUCGCUCCCUCCUUAUCGAACUGGAGCGGCACGAGUGGUGAACCGGCGUCCUCGGCUGGAGCUGCAGGCGCGGUAGCGCUUGAUGUUUCAGAUAGGGGAGUGGACGAUCCAUUCGGUCCAGAUGUUCUCUAUAAAAAGUCGAAGGAUCCGACCCUCACCUGGGAAAUGAUAGAGUCAUGGAGGAAAAAAUUACCCGCCAAGCGUGCUGAGAAUGAGAGUUUCCCAUCUCCAACUUUCGCAACGACCGUCACACUACUCCCUGACCUUCUUGAUGACUCUGCGACAUCAGACACCUCGGAUGAAACUGUCGGAGUGCCUUGUGGACACUGGUUAAUGAGUGCGCGUAGAUAAUGGCUCAUGACGCUGGAAGAAUCUUACUCCUUGAUAACAAAGUAUCUAAACACUAGCCACGUGUACUAUUAUAAAUCUCUUUCUUGUCCCGAC